CUCCAGGCGUUGAAGCGACUGAGGUGGCGGAGGAGUCCAGCAUGCGCUAGUGCAUCUCUAUCCACGUGGGGCAGGCGGGUGUCCAGAUCGGCAAUGCCUGCUGGGAGCUAUACUGCCUUGAGCACGGCAUUCAGCCUGAUGGUCAGAUGCCAAGUGACAAAACCAUCGGAGGUGGUGACGACUCAUUCAACACCUUCUUCAGUGAGACAGGGGCCGGCAAGCACGUUCCCAGAGUGGUGUUCGUGGACCUGGAGCCCACUGUGGUCGAUGAAGUACGCACAGGGACCUAUAGGCAACUCUUCCACCCAGAGCAGCUGAUCACUGGGAAGGAAGAUGCGGCUAAUAAUUAUGCCAGAGGUCAUUACAUCAUCGGUAAGGAGAUUGUCGACCUCGUCCUGGACUGGAUCCGCAAACUGGCAGACCUGUGCACAGGACUGCAGGGCUUCCUCAUCUUCCACAGCUUUGGAGGCGGCACGGGCUCGGGGUUCGCAUCCCUGCUCAUGGAACGGCUCUCGGUGGACUACGGCAAGAAGUCUAAGCUGGAGUUCGCCAUUUACCCAGCCCCUCAGGUCUCCACAGCUGUGGUAGAGCCCUACAACUCCAUCCUGACCACACACACGACCCUGGAACAUUCUGACUGUGCCUUCAUGGUCGACAACGAAGCCAUCUAUGACAUCUGUAGGCGCAACCUGGACAUUGAACGUCCCACAUACACCAACCUCAAUCGCCUGAUAGGGCAGAUUGUGUCCUCCAUCACAGCCUCCCUGAGAUUUGAUGGGGCCCUGAAUGUGGACCUGACAGAAUUCCAGACCAACCUGGUGCCAUACUCUAGAAUCCACUUCCCACUGGCCACCUACGCCCCAGUCAUCUCAGCUGAGAAGGCCUACCAUGAGCAGCUCUCAGUGGCCGAGAUCACCAGUGCCUGCUUCGAGCCAGCCAAUCAGAUGGUCAAGUGUGACCCUCGCCAUGGCAAAUACAUGGCCUGCUGCAUGUUGUACAGGGGGGAUGUUGUCCCGAAAGAUGUCAAUGCGGCUAUCGCUACCAUCAAGACCAAGCGCACUAUCCAGUUUGUAGAUUGGUGCCCAACUGGAUUUAAGGUAUGACUGGGUGCUGUGGCUUUGUACCUGUCUGCAGGCAA